AUGAAGUUCACCAACAUUGUUCUGGCUGCUAGCGCUGCUGGCAUGGCCGUUGCUUACCCCAGUGGUCGUGACGUUGUUCCCAACAAGCGCAGCGUUGAAAAGAAGCGUGCUACUGGCUUCACCUGGGUCGGUGUCAGCGAGUCUGGUGCCGAGUUCGGGUCUGCUAUCCCUGGUACCCUGGGAACCGACUAUACCUGGCCAGUGACCUCCAAGAUCCAGGUCCUGCGCACUGCUGGCAUGAACAUCUUCCGUGUUCCCUUCUUGAUGGAGCGUUUGGUGCCUGGUAGCAUCACCGGCUCUCUGGAUUCGACCUACCUGGCCGCUCUCAAGUCUACCGUCAACUACAUCACCGAGAGCGGUGCCUACGCUGUCCUCGAUCCUCACAACUAUGGCCGAUACUCUGGCAGUGUCAUCACCUCUACCGACAACUUCAAGACCUGGUGGAAGACCGUCGCCACCGAGUUCGCUUCCAACGACAAGGUCAUCUUCGAUACCAACAACGAGUACCACGACAUGGAUCAGACCCUCGUCCUCAACCUGAACCAGGCCGCCAUCGACGGUAUCCGUGCCGCCGGCGCCACCUCCCAGUACAUCUUCGUCGAGGGCAACGCCUGGACCGGCGCCUGGUCCUGGACCAACAACAACGAUAACAUGAAGGAUCUGACCGAUCCCCAGGACAAGAUCGUCUAUGAGAUGCACCAGUAUCUCGACUCCGACAGCUCCGGUACCUCCGCAGCCUGUGUUAGCAGCACCAUCGGCCAAGAGCGCCUGGAGUCCGCCACAACCUGGCUGAAGAACAACGGCAAGAAGGGCUUCAUCGGUGAGUUCGCCGGUGGCGUCAACUCUGUCUGUGAGUCUGCUGUUGAGGGCAUGCUCUCUUAUAUGUCCGACAACACCGACGUCUGGAUGGGUGCCGAGUGGUGGGCGGCCGGCCCCUGGUGGGGAUCUUACAUGUACUCGCUGGAGCCUACUGAUGGUCCCGCGUACUCGACGUACCUGCCCAUUCUUGAGAAGUACUUCGUGAGCGGCUCUUCCUCAUCUUCUUCUUCGUCUUCCUCCUCGUCCACCACUACUACAACUGCCAAGGCCACCACUACCGCUAAGGCUACUACCACCACCGCUGCUCAGCAGACUACUACCUCUACCACCGCCGCCGUCGAGGUCACCACCACUCCCAACGGCCAGGUUGAGGUCUCCAGCUCUGCUACUCACACCAGCGCCAGCACUAGCUCUGCUUCCCACACCACCACUACUAGCUCUGCCUCCCACACUACCACCAGCUCGGCUAGCCGAACCACCACCCUGCCCGCCAUCGCUACAACCACCCUCGUCACCAAGACCUCGUCCGCCCAGUCUUGCAGCAGCACUACUACCGCACCCUCCACCGGUGGUACCGUUCCUCACUGGUACCAGUGCGGUGGUCUCAACUGGACCGGCGCCACGGCCUGCGAGAGCGGUUUCACUUGCAAGGUACAGAACCCUUACUACUCCCAGUGCCUGUAA